AUAUAUAUAGUGAUGUGCGUGUUGCUAUGUAUUCAAUCACAAGUACUACAUUCUUUCUCAGAUUCUAACUAAAACAAUUGUGUCAGUAAGUAGCCAUCAUGGGCAGAGUGAUGUUUUGGUUUCUUGUUUCCAUGUAUCUAUGCCUCAUUGGCCAUAUGAUUGGUGAGGCUGCAAGAGAAGGUGCCAUGAUGAGUGAAGCAAAAUCCCAUGAUAUGGGAAAGAGUAACCGACACGUAACGGGGUUAAAGGGUGAACUCACAGCUGGCGGCUAUGGGGGCGGGGAUCCAGGGUAUGGUGGAUACGGUCCAGGUGGUGGUGGUGUUGUGAUUGGUGGUGGAUUUGGUGGGGGUAGUGGUGCUGUGGGUUGGGAUGGAGGAAACAGAGGAGGCGAUCCGGGAUACGGGUCAGGUGGUAUUGGUGGUGGAGUCAUCAUUGGCGGUGGUGGUGGUGGUGGUGGUGGGUGUGGCGGUUCAUGCGGUGGUGGUGGUGGACCUGGUGGUGGAUAUGGACACCUUGAAGCCAGCAUGAUGGGAUCAGGCAAAAACUAGAAAGAAACAAGCAGUUUUCUUUAGAUCGUAGAAGGAAAAAAAGAAGAAGAAAUAAGGAUGUACUUUAGCAUCUUGAUCAUGCUUAGAAGUUUGUAAUGGUGUCACGUUUAAUGGAAUAAGAGUUUUCUUUGGUCUUUUAAAAGUUU